AUGAUGGUGAUUGAUGCUUGUUUCAUACUUGAGUUCAUUAGUGUUUUAGACCGGGUACCAUCCAGGACAAGCUCAUUGAUUGUUCAAUCAAUAGCUUUAGACCUGAUUAUGAUCGAAAACCAAAUUCCGUAUUUUGUUCUUGAAAACAUCUUUGAGUGUACUAUUUUAGCAUCUGGACAGAUGAGAGAGGGGGCCUCACUUACUACGUAUAUCAAAGUACUUGUACGUCUUUACUACUUCAUUGAAGGAAAGGUAGAAGUAGUACGCGAUGCUUCGGCUCCUGAUCAUAUUCUUGGCUUUCUACACAAAUGUUUCCGGCCUGCUGAAUCGAUAACAUCAGUGGGUAUGUCAAUUAUAAAACGCCACACAGCCAUGGAACUGCAUAGGGCAGGGAUGAAGUUCAAACCUUAUGAAGAUGAAAAUUGGGCACUGGCCAUGAAACUGGAAUUACCCUUACCUUUGUUUCCAUGGUUCCAUAAUUUCAUUGCCUUUCCCCAAUUUUCAUGGUUCCGACCACCUACUCUGAGGAUGCCAAAGGUGAUGAUAAGCGAUGAAAGCGAAUAUAUUUUAGGGAACCUAAUUGUCUAUGAGCAUACUCAGUUACAUGUUGAGAGAUAUGUUACUUCAUAUUUACUUGCCAUGGAUAUGCUAAUCGAUACUCCAGAGGAUGUUGCCCUGUUGGUAAAAUCAAAAGUCCUUGUAAGCUUUUUUGGUUCGAAUGAGGAAGCUGCAGAUAUGAUAAACAAGUUAUGCAAAAACAUUCAGUUCCUAUCGUAUUACAAUCAACAGUGGGAAGAAAUGGAUGCCUACUACAAUAGUUACUGGCCCAAUACUCUUGCAGGGUUGAAGCGUACAUAUUUCAAUAAUCCAUGGAAUAUCAUUGCUCUGGUUGCUGCAUUUCUCCUGUUUGCUCUAACUGUGGUUCAGACCAUCUUUUCCAUCAAGUCCGCAUAUGGGACCAGUGUAGCUAGUAACCACUAG